AUGAUUCUACCUGUGUUUGUAUCGCAUUGCGACAAUCCUGAUAGGGAGGUUCUUGUAUAUGCUUUAUUGGACACUCAGUCAGAUACCACCUUUUUGUUAGAUGGUACCCGCAGUGCUUUGGGUCUUUCUGGGGUUGAUGUUAAAUUGUCACUAUCGACUCUGCAUGCCGAGAACAAAAUAGUGAACAGUCAAAAGUUGAAGGGUCUGCAAGUUAGAGGUUUCUAUGACCAUACCCAUAUAACCUUACCUGAUACCUAUACAAGGGAGAUAAUGCCAGCCAAUCGUGCACACAUUCCAACACCCGAUCAUGCUAAGUUCUGGCCACACUUAAAAUGCAUUUCUGACUGCUUACCACCUCUGCAAGAGGCAGAGAUAGGUUUGUUGAUUGGAUAUAAUUGCCCACAAGCUCUAGUCCCUCGGGAAGUUAUAACUCCUGUUGGUAAUGGUCCUUUCGCUCAAAAGAUAGAUUUGGGAUGGACAAUAGUUGGAACAAUUGAUUUAAACUGCGUUGAAGAUGACUCAAUCGGCUCGAGUCACCGUGUUCUCUGUUGCGAAGUUCCUUCGGCUCUAUCAGUAAGUGAUAGUCAGAAAGAAGUUGUCCUGUUCUCACUGCGUACUAAGGUCAAGGAGGUUGUGUCCAGUGACAUUUUGCGAAUACUUGACCGUGAGUUUUGCGAUUCUGGGGAAAUGUGCAACAAACUGUCUCAGGAAGAUCAGCUCUUUGUGUCGAAGCUGUCCAAAGGUAUCUGUUUUCAGGAUGGUCAUUAUGUUAUGCCACUUCCUUUUAAGGGAGCUGAUCCAGUUCUUCCGAAUAACAAGUCCAUGGCUUUGAAAAGGGUGAAAUCUCUGAGACAAAGACUGAAAAGAGACUCAACAUUCUGUCAACACUACUCCCAAUUUAUGAAGGAGCUGAUUAGUAAUGGCCAUGCUGAAAGGGUCCCCGAGUCAGAUCUUAAUUCGAAUAAGACCACUUGGUUUAUUCCACAUCAUGGAGUGUAUCACCCUCAGAAACGUGAUAAAAUUCGGGUGGUUUUUGAUUGCAGUGCAACGUUUGAAGGCGAAAGCUUGAAUGCACAUCUACUUCAAGGCCCUGACUUGACCAAUAAACUUGUGGGAGUCCUUUGCAGGUUCAGAAAGGAGCCGGUGGCUUUGAUGUGUGAUGUUGAAAAAAUGUUUCACCAAUUCAAGGUUUGUAAGGCCCAUAGAGAUUAUCUUAGGUUUCUUUGGUGGGAGGAUGACGACUUUGAAAGGUUCCCUACAGAAUUCAGAAUGACUGUGCAUUUAUUUGGAGCAACUUCCUCCCCAGGUUGUGCUAACUUUGGAAUGAAGAAGAUGGCUUCCGACAAUGAAGAACAGUUUGGGUCUAACAUAGCUGACUUCAUAAGGCAUGAUUUUUAUGUUGAUGAUGGGUUGAGGUCUGUAUCUUCUGUUCCUGAAGCUGUCAAUUUGGUUAAGAAAAGUACUGAGUUAUGCAGUAAGGCUGGUCUUAGGCUCCACAAGUUUGUCUCUAAUUCUAAGGUUGUGAUACAGUCCCUUCCUUCUGAAGCUCGAGCUAAAGAUCUCAAAAAUGUUGACUUGAUUGGUGAUAACUUACCUGUUCAGAGAACCUUGGGAGUCCUUUGGUGCUUAGACUCUGAUACAUUUCAGUAUGAGAUGGUCUCAAACAAUCGCCCUCUCACAAGAAGGGGUAUCUUAUCUACAGUCAGUUCGAUAUACGAUCCUCUUGGUUUUAUAUCUCCAGUGGCUUUAUCUGGAAAGCAAAUUCUGCAGCAGAUGUGUGCAGACCAGGUGGGUUGGGAUGACCCCUUACCAGAAAGUCUAAAUGGCAAGUGGGUGAAGUGGUGUGCUGACCUGAAGAAUCUUCCUCUUUUGAAGUUUCCAAGAUGUGUUAAGCCUGAAGGUUUUGGCAAAAUCAGAAUUACUGAGAUGCAUCAUUUUUCCGAUGCAAGUAGCUAUGGGUAUGGGCAGUGCUCCUAUAUUCGUUUGGUGACUGAUGUUGGCCAGGUGCAUUGUGCAUUAUUAAUGGGCAAAUCUCGUGUUGUACCUUUGAGACCCAUCACAAUACCACGUCUUGAAUUGACAGCAGCUGUGUUGUCAGUUAAAAUUUCCUCGCUUUUGGAUCAAGAACUUGAGUACCCAAACCUUAAACACUUUUUCUGGACCGAUAGUAAGGUUGUACUGGGAUAUAUUUGCAACGAAGCAAGGAGAUUUCAUAUAUUCGUCGCUAACAGAGUUCAGCAAAUCAAAGAGCAUACAAACCCUAACCAAUGGAAUUAUGUUGCCUCUGGUGAAAAUCCUGCGGAUUUGGCUUCUCGAGGUGCAUCUGUAGUAGAGCUAGCUAAGACCCCUAUGUGGCUCAAUGGUCCAGAAUUUCUCUGGAAGCAGGAUGCAAUUUCAGCAAAUAUCGGUGCACAGUUUUCAGUAUGUCCUGAUGACCCAGAGUUAAAACAUGUUCAGGCAUUUUUGUCAAAUGCAAAACCACCCUGCUUCAGUUCGUUGUUGGAACGGCUUGAGUACUUCUCUGAUUGGCACAGGUGUAAACGAGCGGUAGCAUUGGUGCUUAGGUACAAGGGAAAAUUGUUGCAAAAAUCAGGGAAGUUGCAAACUACUGGUGUGGAGAAACGUUCAUUACAUUACAGUCCCGUUACUGUAAAUGAACUACAGAAGGCCGAGACUGAAAUCUUUAAGGCUGUCCAGUUGUAUGAUUUCAAGGGUGAGAUUGAUACACUUAAGACUCAUAAUAUAGUUAGAGUUUCUAAUGACAGGGCAGAACAGUCAUUAAGAACUAAGUCCCUAAAGGGAAGGUCAAACCUGUGUUCCUUAGAUCCGUUCCUUGACAAAAAUGGCUUAAUUCGUGUAGGUGGUCGUGUUCAACAUGCCGAAAUGUCAGAUCUGGUGAAGUUUCCAAUUGUACUUCCUAGAAAGGGUCAUAUAACAGAGCUUGUUAUACGGCAUUAUCAUGACAAGGUUCAACAUCAGGGUCGCGGAAUGACCACAAAUGUUAUUCGGAAUAAUGGACUCUGGAUUAUUGGUUGUAGUUCGGCAGUUUCUCAUGUGAUUUUGAAAUGUGUUGUUUGUCGUAGGUUACGGUGUUCCUUUGAAGGUCAAAAAAUGGCCGACUUGCCAUCUGACCGUCUAGAACCAUCUCCCCCAUUCACAUAUUGCGCAGUAGACUAUUUUGGUCCAUUUUAUGUUAAGGAAGGGCGAAAGGAAAUGAAGCGCUAUGGGGUUCUGUUCACUUGUCUAACUUGCAGGGCAGUUCACGUUGAAACGGCUACGUCCUUAGAAACUGAUUCAUUCAUAAACUGUUUAAGACGGUUCAUUGCAAUUAGGGUCCGAUUCGUCAGCUUCGUUCUGACAGAGGCACUAAUUUUAUAG